GCAUUGGUACUAAAAUAUUUUUUAUCUACCAAUAAUCAAUGAAAUGUCCCUGAUCAUUUGAUAUAAACAGGUUCUUUAGAAAUCGAAAAUAAUUUUUGACCCUCAGACCCCUGGAGAGGGUACGGGAAUAGGGUUCAAAAUACUAGUCCUAUUUUUUUGUUUUAAUUUCUAUUACAAAUUUCAUUUCUAAUUAUCUAAAUAUUAUCUAUCAAUGAAACUCUAAAAGAAUCUGCAAAAAUCUUGCUUUUAUUGAAAAAAGUUUUUUUUUCCAUAUGCCUGUCCUUCCAGAGGUUUGAGGGUCAACAUUUUUGUUUCGAUUUCUAAAGAACCUGUUUAUAUCAAAUGAUCAGGGACCUUUCAUUGAUUAUUGGUAGAUAAAAUAUUUUAGUACCAAUGCUGAAUAUUAUUGAAAUUUUAUCAAUAUACCUGGACCUUCAUUAACGAAAAAAAGCUAUUAUAGACGACUGUCUUACAAGUUGUGAAUGAGACUCUGCUGUUUCGAAAGAUACUACCUAUGAAACAUGUAGAGAUCAGUUAUGUGCAGUUUUAGAGCAAGUUUCACGUUGUUACUCAAUUGUCCUGCAGCACAGAAUUGAGCACACUGGAAUGUCAUUUAGACAAGAAAUACUCUAGACCUAUGGGAAACGUCGAUCUUUUUUAGAAAGCAACAAUGAAACUUAUCGAUGAUAAAAAAAAUUGAAGAGAAUAUAUAACUGUAUUGAAUUGUGUCUAAAAACCAAAUUCACAUAAAUUUAUGCUAGAUCAUCAUAAGGCCUACAGUAUCUAUGAGUAUUAUAUAUAUUCCUAUAGAACUACAAUCAGUAUAUAGACCCUCGGUACAUGAAAACUCAUUGAAAACUUGACUUUCUUUACACCGUUCGUUGAGCUUUAAAGAUCUCUACGAAACCAUAUAUAGGACGUUCUGGUUCUAAGUAGAUCGCCAAAUCCGACAGGGACUUUUUAGCGCUUGAGUGUGACCAAUUACGAAUAAGGAGGAAUCACUUAUAGUUGAUCGGUGUGAGUUACAGCGGAUCGUACGAUACUAGUACUGUGACGCAGUUGCAUUUAUCUACGUCGGAGUAGCCGUAGUUUUUGAUAGAGAUUUUCACAACGAUCAAAGCACCGCUGUUGGUAAAAAAAGGCAACGUGGGACAUUAGUCAAUAUGUUGAGAGAAAAAUACGAAUUUGUUCAAAAGGAAGACAGAGAACGAACUCAAAAAUCAUAGACGUAAAAAGAUGAAUUAGAAAUUUAAAUUAAUUGCGUAUUUAUGCUGGCGUAAGAUCAAAUUUUACUAUGCUUUAUCUAAUCCAUAUGCAUGCAUUAUCGAAUAUAUAUAUAUAUAAACGAUUGAAAUACGAUUCAUUACAGUAAAAAUAAGUUAAAAUUGUAUCAAAGAGUAUUUCAGUUGUUUUUGGCCUAUUAUUUAUUGCAGUUACGGUCAAUUCUAAUAUCGAUGACAAAUGUCUUGCAUGUAUUUGUCAAGUUGAAUCGAAUUGUUCACCAUUGGAGUGUACAUGGGAUGUCAAUUCAAUAUUAUGUGGUUACUAUCAAUUGAAGCAAGGUUAUUGGGAAGAUUGUGACUCACCAGGUGAUUCAUUUGAAACUUGUGCAGCAGCCAAAAAUUGUUCAGAGGAAUGUGUACUUAAUUAUAUGGAUCUUUAUGCUGAAAAAUGUACUAAGGACCAUGAACCAACUUGUGAAGAUUAUGCUCGUAUUCAUAAUGGAGGUCCCAUGGGAUGUCGACGUGGAAGUACAAAGCGAUAUUGGGAAAGAGUUUCGGCUUGUUAUUCUAAAUCUUAA